UUUGGAUAUCAAGCUCCUCCCCAGUCCCCCCUCUUCAUUUCAAGAGAGUACCCCUAAAACUACAAGAAUAACUUCAUUUCUAUUCUCUUUUCUCUCUGCACACUCUCAGUCUCACUAUCCCCAAGGAUGCUUGGCGUACGAACUUUCUCACCGCCCUCAGCGCCGCCAUUAGCUCUAAAGAAGCUUCCUUUUUUACCAUAUUCAUUCUCCAAUUACUCUUCAUUAUCGUUAUCUUUAUCGGGUCGAACUGGGUUUUGCUUAUUUGCUCAAAAAAAGAAAAAGAUUGAUUAUUUUGAUGAAAUAAAACUCGAAGAAAUUGAAAAAUUUGAAGUUAUAGAAGAUGGGUUUGAGUUUGAUGAUGAUGAUGAUGAUGAAGAAUUUGAAGAAGAUAAUGAUGAGUUGAUGGUUCCAGUCCAUAAGAUGAAUGAAUGGCUUGAGAAAAAACCAAAAGGGUUUGGUGAAGGGAAAGAGUAUGAUGCUUCACUUGAGGAUAAAAUACUUGAAGAAAUUGCACAAAGUUUAAAAACUCACAUUGAAAAAUUUGAUAAGCUUAAGAAAGAAGGUAAAAUUCCCAAGUCCAAGAAUGAGAUCCAGGAUGAGUUGUUCAAAGCUUCAGAAGGUGUUCCUAGUGGGAUUCGUGUUUGUAUCAACAACCUUCCUCAGAAGAAGAAUAUCUACAAAGAUCUAAUGGCAGCCUUUGAAGGAGUGCCUGGAAUAACGAACAUAUCACCUGUGAAUUUUGAAAAUAAGAAGACAAGGGAUGCUCGCUGCAAAGGCUUUGCUUUUGUGGAUUUCAAGACUCUGAAGGAUGCAAACAGGUUUGUUCAGAUGUUCUCGGGGAAAAGUAUUGCCUUUGGUAAGUUCGAGAAGCCUAUAAAGUGUGAAGUUCUGAAGCCACUUGAUGCUAGUUCCGAAGGAUUAUCUUAUGUUGAAUACAACCGGAGUUCGGAGGGUAGCUUUACUUUCUUAGUGGAGGGCGAAGACGAAGAUGAAGAUGAAGAUGAAGAUGAUGGCAUUGAGCAAAAGGAUGCACACUUGCAAAAAAAAGGUUUUAAUGAAUUGGUUAAAGGUCCCGAUGGUAAAUACAGUUUGGAUAAAUCAGAAGAUUCAAGUCUUAACAAACGUUUAAAACGCAUAGAAAUGAUAGAGGCAAAAUUGCUUGCACGAGCUUCCUUGUAUGAAGACGAGAUGAAUGCAUCUAAAAAGAAACCAGAAGAUAAAAAUAAGCCGGACAGGAAGCCGAGCCAAAGGAUGAACAAGAAACCAAACCUAAAGACCGAUAAAAAGCAAAAACAAAGAAUUCCGGGAUCUGCGAAGAAGUGAGCUCACAUCGAGCUAGAUGUCGUCAACGUCUGCAUCAUUGUUCGUUUCUCAUCUUUUUCAGCCAUUUUUUACGUUGUCAUAUAGUAUAAUGCAGGUUGAAAGCCCAGGAUAUGGCUAAACUUGCAGACGCCGUCUUUAGAUAUGGCUCAAGAGAAGCCAAGGCUUCAAAAUGAAUGUGAUUUUUUGAUUAUGUAAAUUAUAGAAUGCUGUGAAGUCCCAUUUGAUGAUGCCGGUCCAUCUUCUAUAUUUAACAUUUCUAUUUACAUGAACAAUAGUAAAUUGCUCAUUGUGUAUUAUAAGUAGGGCUAGUAAUUUAUCAAGUUGGGUUGGGUUAAGUUUUUGUUCGGGUUAAUAGUAAAUAGGUUGAGAAUGUUCAACCCGAAUCUUUUAUUAUCAAAACGAAUCCAUUUAUUUGAUGGAUUAUCGUUUAGCUCAUUUGAUCAAUUAUUCAGAUUAUUUAUAUUUUAUCUAACA